AUGUGUGUGACCUACCCUUACUACCAGCCGGAGCGUGACAUACCCUCGCUCCGGGGAAAGGUGGUACUCAUCACCGGGGGCACCAUAGGCCUGGGGAAGGAGGCGGCCGCCCAGCUGUCUCAGAACGGCCGACCAGCACAGGUGUGGAUCGCGGGGCGCAACGCCGAGAGGGCGGGUGCUACGAUAGCUGAGAUCAGGAGGCGGCUGAGGAAAAAGCCCGGGCCUAUGCCCACCGCGCAACCCGCCCCUCCAUCUUCGUCAGGGUCGCUCUCUCGCUCCAGCUCCGGUUCGACCGCGUCGGUGGAGACCACGAGAAGUCAAGCCCGAGCGACGGGCACCAACGUGGAGCAGAGCGGUCUUCAGUUGGGGACUAGCAGCCUCCUCGAGAUGAGCUCGCUGCGCCCCAACAGGAGUCACAUCGAUCUCGGCAGCCGCAGCUUACGGACCGACAAGAUAGGGCGGAGCCUUCCCGGCAGCGUGUCGGGGAGCACUACGGGCAGCAACCUCGGCGAGGACGACGGCAGAGGUGGCAGCAGCAGCAGCAGCAGCAGCAAGCAGGCCGACGAGACCGAGGUCUACUUCUUGUACAUGGACCUGGCUAACCUCGACUCGGUCAAGGACGCCGCAUCGCGGUUCCUGGCCUGCGUCGACCGCCUCGACAUCUUGAUCCUGAACGCGGCCGAGGUCUCGGUGCCUUCUGGCGUCACCGCCCAGGGCUACGAGCGGCACUUUGGAACCAACCACCUCGGCCACGCGCUGCUGAUAAAGCUGCUCAUGAGGCUUCUGGUGCGGACGGCGACGUGCGACUCGAUCGGGUCCGACGUGAGGGUCAUCUGCGUCAGCUCGUUUGCGCACCGCUUCACCCCACCCGAGGGCAUCGAUUUUGACAGCCUCAAGCCGGAUCCCAGUUUAUUUGCCGACUCGGGGACUGGCGCCGGAUCGACACCCAACACGAGGCAGAGCGACACAAAUCACACCAAUCAGGAUGGACGGGAUGGCGGCAACGGCAAAGCAGCAACAUCGGGCAGCCAGCGCCCUCAACGUCCCGUGUCGACCCUACGGAGGCGACGGUCGUCGAACUCGGGCAACAGCCCCUCGACGCGGCUGCUGUACGGACAGAGCAAGCUUGCCAACAUCCUGUACGCGCGCGAGCUGGCGGAGCGCUGCCCGCUCUUCACGACGGUGUCGAUCCACCCGGGCAUAGCCAGGUCCAAGGGGAACCGGCGGAGGGGCGGGUCGCGGGUGGUGGGCAGCGGGGCGGUGCUGGAGCGGUUCGAGCAGUGGUUCGUGCCCGUGUUCGGGGCCUCGCUCGACGAGGGCGCCAAGAACCACCUCUGGGCCGCCACGGGCCGCGGCAUACGCAAUGGCCAGUACUACGAGCCCGUCGGGGUGCCGGCAAGGCCGAGCGGGGUCGGAGAAGAUAGGGUGCUGAGCUGGAAGCUGUGGGAGUGGACGCAGAGGGAGUUGGCUGGGUAUAGCCUGUGA